AAACAAAAAUAACAUAAAUAUUAUUUAAAAUAUGAAAGACAUAGAAUCAUUUGAACGGUCGUUAAAAGACUUUCAAUACUUUGAAGCCGUUCGAAGAUUUCAGUUUUCGGCUGAAAUAAUUAAAGGAAUGGGUAACAGUUCAAGAAAGAAACAGCAUAAACGAUUUAACCCACUAUGUCAUCUAAACGAACACCAAUUUCGACGAAAAUAUCGGUACACCAAGGAAAACAUUCGUCGUAUUAUUGAAAUUGUUCGGGAUGACCUCGAGAUUGAUUGUUAUGAGCCUACGGAAAGAGAGCAAGUUCCUAUAGACCUGCAAAUUUUAUCUGCAAUUCGCUUUUGGGGUGGAACUGAGCAUCCAAAAUUGACAGCAAUGGCUCAUGGUGUAAGCUUAAAAACAUUGAAAAAAAUCACUCGACGCAUAGCUUCUGUGUUAUCGUCGAAAGCAUCGCGCUACAUAAGAAUGCCGGCAACACUUUCGGAAAAGGAGAGAAUGAUGCGUUCGUUUCAGGAGUUAGCAAAUAUGCCGCAAGUGAUUGGUACACUCCUACAGACGAGAGUAAGAUUUCAAUCGAAAGAUUCUAGAGUUCAUGCGACCGAUGACGUGAGGCGAUCCCAAGCGAACACUAAAGAGACUGUUCAUAUGCAACUUGUUUGUGAUGCUGAUUAUAAAAUAAGAGACCUGGACAUAAGACUACUCGAUGAAGGUUCUCCAAUCACCGAUACCGAAAUGUUCUCUUUAUCAAAAAUAAAAGAGCGGUUCGAACAAAAUGAAUUUCGUGGUCGUAUACUAUUGGGAAACGAAUCAUUUUCCUGUUCUUCGUACCUCUUCACUCCAGUGAAGCUUCCAAAAAGUUUACCGGAAGAGCUUUAUAACCAUGCCCAUUCUGUUACGUAUGCCUCUGCGAGAAAAUGUCUUAAUAUAUUGAUGCUUCGAUUUGGUAUUCUUGGGAGUGAAGUUCUUGGAUCUUUUGGUUCGGUAAAGCAAACGAUUACUGCCCUAGCCAUACUGCAUAAUAUGGCAAUGGAUUGGUCGGACCCUAGUAUUGAUACGGAAACCAGUAUUUCUCCAUUUAAUUCCUUUAAUGCUUUAAAUGGGAUACCAACGCCUGGGGAACACAGCAGUAGAACGAAAUUUAUAAAAACUCAUUUUUGAUGCAAGUAAAAAGUACUGUUGUCAUUAAAAGACUUUGAGUGAAA